AUGCCACUUUUGUUAAUUACUUCGUUAAUACUUGUGAAAGGAUUGACAGUUGUCUAUUGCAAUGAAAAUGAUGCAGGAUGUAAGGCGACUGAGGAAAGCAAUUACAGUGAUCUUUUAAAGCUGAUUCGCCUUGAAGAGAAGUUGCACAAGCACGAAACAAUCAUUCAGGAGCAGGGGAAACAAAUAGAGAGUCUUAAAAAUAGAACUGAGGAAGAUGGAGCUACGUAUAUUCGUUGGGGACGAACAACGUGUCCCAGUGGGGCAACAGUAGUAUACACAGGAUACAAAGCAGGAUCGUAUUAUUUACACACAGGUGGAGCAUCAAAUCCGUUAUGUCUAACUUCAAAACCAACUUGGGAAAAAUUUACAGGGAAGGGAGAAAAAUACGGAGCCUUCAUUUACGGGGCUGAAUACGCAACGUAUGAGUAUAGCAUGUGGUACUAUCUUCAAAACAACGAUGUUCCAUGCAUUGUUUGUCGCGUCCCUUCUAACGACGUACUAAUGGUACCCGGUACUAAGAUUUGCCCGCGGCCUUACUCUCUACAAUACAAAGGUUAUUUGAUGGCGGGACAUUAUUCACAUGCGGCUCCUAGUGAAUUCAUAUGUGUUGAUGGUGAUCCGGAAACAAUAAACAGGAGCUAUGAAGAUAAGGAGGGUUAUUUACUUUACUUUGUUCAAGCAAUAUGCGGUUCCCUUUCAUGCGGACCUUACAUAGAAAAUAGAGAGGUUACUUGCGCUGUGUGCUCAUUCUCGUUAUAGAAGUUUACGAACUGCAAAACUGAUAAAAUUAACAAAAAUUGUUGAAUGGCAUUUACAAUUUGUCAUUCAAUGCCUUUGCCUGCGUUUACAUAUUUUGUAUUAAUUUGGUUUGGUUUAAAUCAGUAUCAUGCAAUUUUAAAACAUGCCAU